GGCGAGGCGGGGCGAGCGCGGAGGCGGAAGUUCCCGGCCGGCCGGAGUGGGACGGCGCAGGCACUGGGAGCCACUUGUCAGCGCUGCUCGGAGGCGGAGGCUGCGCCGCGAGGGUCCGGAGUUUCUCUCAUUGUGUUUGGAACUGCACAUUGAAUCCUUGGAACCAUGAGCAACUACAGUGUGUCGUUGGUCGGCCCAGCUCCUUGGGGUUUCCGUCUCCAAGGUGGCAAGGAUUUCAACAUGCCCCUGACAAUCUCGAGUCUGAAAGAUGGUGGCAAGGCAUCACAGGCACACGUGAAGAUAGGAGAUGUUGUCCUCAGCAUCGACGGGGUUAGUGCACAGGGGAUGACUCACCUUGAAGCCCAGAACAAGAUUAAGGGUUGCACGGGCUCUUUGAAUAUGACUUUGCAAAGAGCAUCCGCUGCAGCCAAGCCUGAGCCCGUUGCUGUCCAGAAGGGUGAACCUAAAGAAGUAGUUAAACCUGUGCCCAUUACAUCUCCUGCUGUAUCCAAAGUCUCUUCCACAACCAACAUGGCCUACAAUAAAGCACCACGGCCCUUUGGUUCUGUGUCUUCACCAAAAGUCACAUCCAUCCCAUCACCAUCGUCUGCCUUCACCCCAGCCCAUGCCACCACUUCAUCACAUGCUUCCCCUUCACCUGUGGCUGCUGUCACUCCUCCCUCAUUCUCUGCAUCCGGACUGCAUGUUAAUAGCAAUCUUAGCACUGACCAGUGUUCAUCUGCACCAAACACUGGUAAAUCUGCAGUUAAUGUCCCACGGCAGCCCACAGUCACCAGCGUGUGUUCCGAGCCUGCUCAGGAGCUAGCAGAGGGGCAGAGAAGAGGAUCCCAGGGUGACAUUAAACAGCAAAAUGGUAACCCCGGCACUGUGAAAAUUCCACCUAAACGCCCACCAAGAAAACACAUUGUGGAGCGCAACACGGAGUUUUAUCACAUCCCCACUCACAGUGACGCCAGCAAGAAGAGGCUGAUUGAGGACACUGAAGACUGGCGCCCGCGGACUGGAACAACUCAGUCUCGUUCCUUCCGAAUCCUUGCCCAGAUCACCGGGACUGAACAUCUGAAAGAAUCUGAAAAUGACAAUGCAAAGAAGGCAAACAGCCCCGACGAGGCUUCUCAGCCAUCAGCGUCACCUCUGAGCAAGUCUGAGGGCCAAGAGAGCCCAGGUUCCAGCAGGCCAGGCGUGGCAAGCCUCAGGACCGCUGCUGCUUUCAAGCCCGUAGGAGCCAGCAGUGCCGUCAAGUCACCAAGCUGGCAGCGUCCGAGCCAAGCAGCACCUUCUACUGGAAGAGUUACAAACAGUGCGACUUCUUCAGGUACAAGAGUACCUGUGAACUCAGCUGUGGGGGCGCCCCAGCCAAGUGACCAAGACACACUCGUGCAGAGAGCCGAGCACAUUCCAGCAGGGAAGCGAACACCCAUGUGUGCCCACUGUAGCCAGGUCAUCAGGGGGCCUUUCCUCGUGGCUCUGGGGAAGUCUUGGCACCCAGAAGAAUUUAACUGUGCUCACUGCAAAAACACGAUGGCCUACAUUGGGUUUGUUGAGGAGAAGGGAGCACUGUAUUGCGAGCUAUGUUAUGAGAAGUUCUUUGCUCCUGAAUGUGGCCGGUGCCAGAGGAAGAUCCUUGGCGAAGUCAUCAAUGCUUUGAAACAAACCUGGCACGUGUCCUGUUUUGUAUGUGUGGCCUGUGGAAAACCCAUCCGCAACAAUGUUUUCCACUUGGAAGAUGGAGAGCCAUACUGCGAGACUGAUUAUUACGCGCUUUUUGGAACAAUAUGCCGUGGAUGCGAAUUCCCCAUAGAAGCUGGUGACAUGUUCCUUGAAGCUCUGGGCUACACCUGGCAUGAUACUUGUUUUGUGUGCUCAGUGUGUUGCGAAAGUUUGGAAGGGCAGACCUUUUUCUCCAAGAAAGACAAGCCGCUUUGCAAAAAGCAUGCUCACUCUGUGAAUUUCUGAAAAGUCAACAGUUCCAGGAAACGGGAGAAAUUUGAAGAAAAGGGGGGAAACUAAAAUUACCAUUUAAUUUUUAGUUGUAAUAUUUAUAUGGAGUUCUAAAAUAAUAGUAGCCCUGAAUGGAUAAACUCUAACAUUAACCAAGUCUGUGAGAGAAUGUUUGGCUUCAGAAAGUCACAGACGGUUUGGGAUUUAUUAUGACUAGCCUGUGUUUUCUGCCCAUGAAGUAGCCUUUAUAAGAGUCAAUUUCCUGACUACUAAAUUCAUCUUAGAAUAAAUUAGCAAAGGACUACAUUUUAGAAUUAAAAACUCUAGCCUCUUAUGCUGAAGUGAUUCUUUCCUUGUCAGGUAGCUGUGAGACUCCACAGAAGGCAAUAAGAAGUGCCUUACAUUUUACUAAUAAGAAUAACUGUUUAAUAAGCCCAUUUUAUCUUUAAAAUAGUAAAUGGGAGUUUAAAUAAAUUUUAUGAGUAGGUGGUAUCUUUCUCUUUGGUCUUAUCAUUGGUCUUUUCAGUAAGACGGUCCAAGGCAAUUUUUGACCCAAGUGUGGCAUGCCCUAAGAGAUACUGUGAUCUCUGGUUCUUCCAGAGGCUGCCAUGUUGCUUAAAGGUCAAAAAUGCUGACCUUCCUUCAGAUGGGGCAGUUUGUUUGUGUAGUGUGUGGCUCACCACCUGGGCCAGGCUGCCCUGCUUCUCAUCUUAUGCCGAGCUGAAGAUAAUUCAAUAGCGUUAGGGCCCCCCCCAACCCCCCCCACCUCAUCCCCACCCCUCAGAGAGUAGGUAGAAGAUGAAGGCGCUAGAAAUUGGGAAAAGAAAGCAAUUGUACCUGGAAAGUCAAAAGAACCACUUCCCCCUUUCAGAUAAUGAACUGCUUAGUUUUUACAGUUGUGUCACUGACUGAAGAUUCCAAAACUCCUCGCCCAGUGAUUUUUUUUUUCUUUUUUCUUUUUUUUUUUUUUUUUUUGGAUUGAGGGUUAUGAAAAGAUCCAAGUUUUUGUUGUUACUGUAUUCUUUGCUUAUUUGGAGUUGUUCUGGGGUUUUGUUUGUUUGCUGGUUUUUGUAUGGGAUUCUUAUCUAUCAGUAAGAAGUAAAUCCCCUCCAAUUGUGUGAUCCUGGAGUUAGGCAACCUUUCUUCUCUGGCAUCCAUUACUCACAUUGUCCUGCCAUUUGUUCUCCAUGGUUGGGCAGAGCAUUGCUAGGUACCACUUGUCGUCAGGAAAGUGAGUGUGAGAAAGCCAUGCAGUGUGGCCCACUGCCCAGGGAGAAAACAAAUCAUGGCGUUUAAUACUUUUCUGUGUGUUUCCACAAUGAAUGAAAGCUCAGUGGUCCUUCUGAGUGAUAGCUAAAUCUGUUGGGAGUACGGUCCUUCCAAUAUCAGACAGGUUGAGUGCCCCAUCUUUUCAGAGCACCUGUGCGUCCAUUUGUGUAUGUGUGUUUGUCACACAGGAAUUCUUAGGCAACAGUAUUUGUUUAACCUCCCUAAGAACUUUCAAAGUUAUAUGUCCUGAAAGCUGCUAAUUUAUGCUCUAGUAAAUUUAUGUUAUAUGCAGAUAAUCUCGAACUGAGGGAUAAAUGAGCAGGAAGGGUGACACACAUCACGAACCGGAAGCUUCUCCAGUAGCAGCCCAGACUACCUCCUUACCUGUGCCUGUAGGGAGGCAGGAAGUGUCUUCAGAAGUCAGGGCUGGAACUUUGUGCAUUAGAUCUCAUUGCUGCUUCAGUGACCAAUAGCAGGCUCGAUGGCUUAGGUGCAUUCCUUCUGAUCUGAACGUCCAGCUUUGGCGUUAUAUUACAAAAUAAGUUGGUGAUUUUUUUUUUUUUUUUUUUUUUUGAUGUGCAAGUUUUGGUUUGUCUUUUAGGUGAUAUGCCAUGAUAAUAUUUGACAGCUUAUUGGCAUUUGCAUAUUCAAAAAAUUUUCUUUGACUUGGAUUUCUAAUGAAGUUAUCUUCCUUUAAGGUUCUCAUUUUUAUUAACCCCUUAUUUCUCUGUUGUUUGUGGAAUGUAAUGCUGCAUUUUUAUAAUGCUAUAUUUCUCCACAUUUAAUUCCUAAAAGGCUAGUGUGGCUUGCUAACUUGGCAUUGUGUCUUUUUUCUUUGCCUAUCAUAUUGUCCGGCAAGUUUUGUAUCUGUUCCUAACACAGUGGCUCCUGGGAGACGAAUUCUCACCGUAACCAGAAGAGUCUGUCCACAGUGAGGCUCAACUUGCCUCGUUACCAGCAUGGAAGCAUGGAGCUUUCAAUACCUGGCACAGCACUUUACCCUUCUGGCAAGCUCCCUGAGUUUUUAUUAUCAGUCUUCUGUGUCCGUAGCAUUAUUUUUCUUUCAUUAUUACUAUAGAACAUUGAGUUCUUGUCAUGCUAGAUGUAUAUUUUGAAGGCUGUACUUGUUAGGCCCCAUAUGUAAACAAUGGUACAUGAUUCUUAAUGUGCCUUAUUAGAGUUCUCAGUUUUGAGACUUUGGUGGGCCCAAAUAGAUACUGUUUCUCUUAAAUGUUCUGGAUGACUGUUGCCUGUUGAGGUAGCAAUCUUUGCUUAGUGACUUUGUGUUUCCCAUUGAUAGGGUUACCUUCACCAUGUAAAGCUAAAGCCUAAUUAUUUGGCAACAGUAUUAAAACAAAAGUAAUCCUUUCUCUUUUGAAUAUUGAUAAAAAACUGUGUUUAAAACCAUCUACAACAAAAUAUGCUCCUUUCCAGGAGCCCUGGGCUAGAAGGGCUUCCACAGAAAAGUAAUUGCUACAGUGUGAAUAGUUUCAUUAGCAUUUUUUUUGGCAUUUGCAGUUCAGUCUUCUCCUUUGGAGCAGGAAAACAGAAGAUACAUAUUUCAGCCUGUCCCUCUCCUCCACAUGUCUAAGUUAUUGGAUGUAGACACUUAUUGUGUAAUUUGCCAUGCCUGUCGAUUAUUGUCUUUUGUUUCUUUGCAUUUUUAAGUUUGUGUGUAGCUGCUCUUUUGCUUUUGGAUAUGUUUUCUAAUUAAAAAAAUUCACACGAGAAAUACAAUCUGUAUAGUGAUACCUAAUGAACACAUACUCAAUAAACAAAUUCUAUGAUGUC